GCAAGCUCAGCGGAGUUCGAGCCCCUCCACCGACCAGUCUUGCACUUGACGGGCGUGAUCGCGUGGGGCCACCUCGAGGCCUACUACAUCACCCACGCUGACGCGCUCAAGGACGCGAACAACGAGGCGACAUCGAUCGCCAGGACCCUCGACUUGGUCAACUGCAAGUUGAGCAACGAGCAGGCAGCGAUGCCCAGGUCCCUGAUCGUGUCCGCCGACAACACCUGCCGGGAGGCCAAGAACUCAACGUUCUUGUCGACGCUGGCCUACAUGCAUGGGGCAGGCCGCUUCGACGCUGUGGAGUGCGAGUACAUGAAGUCAGGUCACACCCACAACGAGCUCGACCAGCGCUUCUCGGCGAUCGCGUCGAUACUGUCCAACGCGCCGCACCUGGAGGACCCAGAGGAGCUCAAGGAUUACAUUCUCCAGAACUUGAAGCCAGCAGGCGGCAGGGAGCUACACGUGGAGGUGAUGCCGUCAACAUGCGACUUCGACAAGCUGCUCAUGGAUAUGGACACACGCGUCAAGGGCCUCUCGGCGACGAAGAACGAGCCUGUCACAAACCACGCGUGGCGGGUUGUGGGCCGAGACCUCCUGUACAAGAGUGGCUUGACAGACGACGCCGUGGAAUCCAAGCACGAGAAGUGGGAACACGAGCCGACGUCUUGCCGCGGUUCGAUUCUCCUCUUGAAGGAAUCUAUGCACGAUGCCCAGUUCAGCCAGGCGCCCCUGCUGCUGCUGCCUGAGAGCGCGGCCAACAAGAUCGACCCGUCCAAGCUGCAGAUCGCCCCAGCUCGUAUCUUCAAGGAUGAGCAGAUCAAAGAGUUCCGCAAGACGGCCGAUGCCAUCGCCAAGCCCCCAUGGAAUCUCGUGAAGGGGCAGCAGUACCUCACCAAGCUGUGCGACGCGCAGGAUCAAGGGUGGGGCGUGGAGCCAGAGCCGCUGCACUUCAUCUUCGAGUACUCGAUGCCAGACCUGAAGAACCCAGAUACCAACGUGCCACCGCACAUGAAGAAUACCAUCCAGGAGGGCGCGAAGGUGGCAGUGCCCCGCGAGGUGCGUGUGGGCCCGCUUACCGCAGCCGAGAGGGCUCGCAAGCUCCAGAAGGGCUGUAUGAAGCGCCCUGCGGCGGCGCCCAAGCCCAAAGCUGCUCCCAAGAAGAAGGCCAAGGUCUUGACGAAGAAGCCCGCUGCGCAGAAGAAGCCAGCGGCCGCCGCCCCGAUGGACGGCGAGGCCGACGAGCUCGGCGAGGAGGUGGAAGAGGAGGAUCAGGAAGAGGAGCAGGAGGAGGAAGACGCCCUGGACGAGGGCUAUGAGCCUGGUGCCGAGGCAGCGCCGCCAGCGGCAGAGGCUGAGGCGGCGGCGCCAGCGGCAGAGGCUGCGACGCCUGGUGCCCUGGAGGCGGCGCUGCCAGCAGCAGAGGCUGCGAUGCUUUACAACUUGAGCUGCCUCGUGUGCCGCAAGUGGGCCGCCAACGGGCAGAAGGGCUACAAGAUUAACCUGAUCAACAAUUACAUCUACAGGGAGGUGGCGGCGUGA